CCGCGUCGCUGUGCUGCUGCUGCUGCGGAGGAAGCUGUUCAGUGAGCGGAAGAUGGCGACUGUGUGGAGGCUGCAGAGAAAACUCCGGAGCUGAUACCGGGGGAAGGACCGGAAAGAUACACACCAAGAAACCGUUAAAAGACCACAUCCAAAAAAUAACGGUAUGUCAAAAAAAUACAGAGUGAAACUGACAACAUAUAUGUGUGUAGAGGUUUCUGAUCACCGAGGAGGAGCUGGUACCGGAUAAUUACUGCACACCGCCUGAGCUCAAGCUAGCGUUAGCAAAGAUUAUCAGCACUAGACUGAGAUGUCAGCUAGCCUUGCCAUGGGAUAUAUAACAUUAGCUGUGACUGUUGUCCGUGGAGGGUGUAAAUACAUAACAAUCGGAGUGUAUCCUUCUUUGUCAAGCGAAAGGGGUUUUAAAAAAGAACUAGUAAUACCCCGCUAGCUAAAGGUUCAAUGAUGCUAGCUGACGAUAGCUUGGAUGCUUGUGGUCAGUUUUAGCCGGUGUUAGCUUUUAGUCUCAAAUUUAAAGAACACGUAACUUUUAGACACAAAUUUGUCAGUAAGAUAGUCGUAGAUAACACAAGCCGUGCAUCGUUUGGUUGUAUGAUAAAUAAAGGGUGUCACGUUUUUUCCUAGUUCCUCUGCUUCAGUAUUUAGCAUUAGCAAUCUGAUUUUUUUCAUUACUUUGAGGUGGCUGUCGAUUUAAGAGGGACGUGCUGUAUGGAGGGGUCUAAAGAAAGGCCACCACCCGGUUUGGACAGUGGAUGUUAUAGUUAAACCUGUUAAGGGCUGAAUAAUAUAUUUCUAUUGUGAUAAAAGCUUUCCACAGUGCCAUUUGGGUUUCUUUAACUCGCCUCCUUUUUGUUCACGGCCUAGAGUCACACGCAUCCCCAAAAAAUAAAUUUACAGCAGACAUAAAUCGGACGAGUCGAUCAGUCUGACUCAAUCCAGACGUUUCCUAAUUGACUCUAAUUAAACACAUGCUCCCUAACAUCAUUAAGAUCAGACUGUACAUUAUUAGCACAUCUUUACCAUGUCUCCACAGACAAUUAUGUCCCGCUCCCCUAAUGAAGAUGGAUACUUUGUUGCCAUGGAUACAGAGGACGACAGUGCAGAGCCUGCUGGGAUAACAGAUGAAAUAGAGGCAAAGAUGGGGUCUUGCCGACAAGAGGGGAACAUGGACAGUUGUGCCAAAGGUGAAGGGAGAACAAUGGUGGAGUUGCCAGAGGAGGUUCUCGAAUAUAUCCUCUCCUUUCUCUCACCUUACCAGGAGCACAAAACUGCUGCGCUUGUUUGUAAGCAAUGGUAUCGACUUAUUAAAGGUAUGGAUCUUUGCUAUAUCAUCAUGCAUUGAAAUAUAAUUAAAGAUGAAUCAGGCACAGUGGAGAUGAGUGGGAAGUAGGGCUGGGCGAUAAAACGAUAACGGAAUAUAGCGAAAAUUAUUUCCCUCAAUAUCAAUAUAAAACCUGGUUAAUAUGCUUUUCAAUAGUCGGCAUUCUGCCAUGUUUUGGUAGACCCAAUCAUGCUGAAUUAGAACCAAGUAGUAAACAACUGCGUAGUAGCAGACUGCAGCUACACUCAACCAUAGCGCUUUAACAGGUGAAGCCGACAGCACUGUCAGUGAGAAAUAAAGAAAAUGAGGGCUACCCCCGACAAAAAUGCAGAUGAAGGCUCAACAAAUGAUGACAUUGUCGACAAAAUUGGCACAGAAACAUUGCUGGUGUGGAGGUAUUUUGUUUUUGUUUUUUAGGUCGGACAUGAAGCAGAGUAAUGUGCACUGCAAAUUAUGUCGAGUACAUGUUCUCACAAAGUUGGGGAAUACCUCAAAUCUUUUUCCCCACCUGAGGCAGUGCCACGCGGCAGAGCACACGCAAUGCAAAAGGUUACAAACCCUGAACGGAGCAAGGAGCCCAUGGCGCCUGUUCAGCCAAAACAGACGACCAUUCAGUCCGCUUUCUCUCGCGCAACGCCUUACGACAAAACGUAGAAGAGACACAAAGACCUCACAGAUGCAGUAGCGUACUGUAUUGCAAAAGACGUGCUACCAAUACGCACUGUUAAAUUUCAUUUUUUAUAUCUUGAUAUAUAUCAAUAUCGACUGAUAUGAAAAAAGUAUAUUGUGAUGAACUUUUUCCCAUAUCGCCCAGCCCUAGUGGGAAGUAUAUUGUGAGCAGCAUGGUUAAGUGUAAGUCUUGGUUUCUAUGUUCCAGUUGUUUACUUGUGUUUUGUCCAACCUAGGUGUUGCUUAUCAGUGCUACCAUGGUUUCUUGAGAGCUGUGCAGGAGGGAAAUAUCCAGUGGGAAAGCCGAACAUACCCAUAUCCAGGAACACCGAUUACGCAGCGCUUCUCUCAUAGUCAGUAUAUGUUUCUCAUGUUUUUGAUACCUAACACAACUCAUACAUUAAGUGUACACAAACACUUUUCUUCAGUUUUUGUAUUCAAAUUGUUUUAAAGCAGCUUGAAGUAGGUAUCAGACUUAUAGUCCAGUGUUUAGUGGACAAAGUAGUGUCUGGCCUGUGCAAGAAUAGAGACUUAUAAAGGGUGCAACAUCCGACACUAAAUCCAUUUUGUUGUCUGAUGUAUUUCAACUACGCUUAAAAUAGAUCUUGUAUUGAGGAGAGACAUUGACGGGAAAGUUUAAAGCUGAGGGAAACCUUUUAUCACCAGCUUCACAGUUUCAAAAGAUUUUUUUUUAAUCUUUUGAGCUUUAAAAAUAGUGACAAGUAUUUUAUUGUGUACAUUACCAGUUUCAUAUAGUAGCGCUUAGAGCUCUGUCAUGAAAGGACUAUUUACCUCUUAGUUUAUUCUUAUGUUGAUGUUCAGUGUAAUUCAUUAAAUUUGAAUGAUGUGAUAACUUUAGUGUACUAUGAGAAUCUUAGAGGAAAUGGUUACAGCAGUCAAUGGAAGUGGACAAUCAUGUCAUCCAUUAACUACAUAUACAUGGUGAUUAUGUGAUCAGAUGAUAUUGUUGCUUUUGUUUCCAAAUAAAAAUGCAUGUUAAAAAAAUCACUAAAAAUUCACUGUCAGUUAAAAUUGACCAUUAAGUUGUUUUUGGAUUUUUUUUUUAUUUUUUGUGGUUUGCAGGUGCAUGUUACUAUGACUCGAACCAGUCCAUGUAUGUGUUUGGGGGUUGUACUCAGAGUAGCUGCAAUGCUGCCUUCAAUGAUCUAUGGAGACUUGACCUCAACAGCAAGGAGUGGAUCCGCCCUUUGGCCUCAGGUAGUGAUCAGCUGUCAGCAGUUAAAGACAAACAGGACACAGGAAUCUGAGCUUUUUAGUGGCAUGCAGCUCCAAUAAAGAAGUGACUUUAUGACAAGAAUGUCCCCCAGGAGCAGCCUUGUCACUUUUGUACAGAGAUUUCUUAAUAUUCUCUGCAUCACGACACAAUACUGUGGUUAAUAAAUUUGUCAAAUUCCUUGUAGUUUUGUGCUGUAGAGCAUUAUUCUGAAACUGUUGACUAUUUGCUGACACACUCUCUCACAGAGUGGUAGAUAGUUACGUCUGUCUUUAUGUCUGAGAGACUCAGCCUCCCUGGAAUGACCUUUUUAUAUCUGGUCUAGAAAUAAAGAGGGCAUUACAGACAGGCUGAGUCUCUCUUUGUGUAAGCAGACAGUUCAACAAUUUGAAAAUAUUGAUAUUAAGUGAAAGAUUAUAGUUUAAUUUAAUGUAAAGAUACAGAAGAUUUGGGGAAAUCUCUGUACAAAAGUGACUGUGCUGAAAACCAGCAGUUGAUGGCAGUGAUCUUUGGACAGUGCUGCGUUCAAAACAGAUGUGACUGUGCAGUGAUUAUCUCUACAUGGGCUAAAAAUCACUCUCUGCACACAUUACAAUAGCACGGCUCUGUUGUGGAAGAGUCUGGGUGUGAAACUUGCCUGCCAGCAGUUCCGACUUGUUUUCCAUUGUAGACAUAAAGUGCAUCAUGAAACAAAAGAUAUGACAACAGAGACCCCAGACUGUUCAGCAACUGAUGUCCUGUAUCAGACAAGCAUGGGAUUACAUUUUGGUUUCAGAGCUCGCAAAAUCAAUCUCUUUGACGUCCAGAUGUUUCAAGAGUGUUGCUAAAAUAAGCGGUGAUAAAAAGUGAUGAUAAACAAACUGUACUCUGACAACCAAAACGUUUGAAUUUUGGUAACGUGUGUGUGUGUGUGCUGUGCUUGUUCAGGCUCUUAUCCCUCUCCUAAAGCUGGAGCGACUCUUGUAAUGCACAAAGAUCUGUUGGUGUUGUUCGGGGGAUGGACUCGCCCCAGCCCAUAUCCACUGCACCAACCAGAGAGGUUUUUCGAUGAAAUCCACACCUACUCUCCUUCAAAGAACUGGUGAGAGAUGCCGAAUGAUUUUAAUCAAUGCCUGGGUUCAAUUUGGGAAAGUUUAAACUUGAACCAAGUUCGCCCUGUUCUUGAAAUAUUUUCUUUUCCUGUCUCAGGUGGAAUUGCAUCGUAACCACACAUGGACCACCUCCGAUGGCUGGUCACUCUUCCUCUGUGAUUGGAAACACCAUGGUGGUGUUUGGGGGAUCACUAGGAGCACGUCAAAUGUGAGAAAAUUUAACACCCAUUUCAAACUGAGCUGUGCAAAUUAAAAGGGAAAUUAGAUUUUGUUCAUUGAAACAACAGCAAAGAUAAGAGCGGAGGUGGAGGUUAAUUUGUCUACUGCUCAGUUUCCAUUAGCUAUAGUCGUGCAACUUAAACGGCUGAAAACAGAUUAAAAAGAUUCAAUGUGUGUCAAGUCAAAGUUACACAACAAAUCUGAUGCACAGUAGCAAACGCCUGCCGAGAAGAGUCCUCAACCAUGGGGCUAAAAACAGUCAUUUGGUUUUCAGUGGUGUUUAAAGGAAUAUUGUCUUCUAGUAGUCACUCAAUAUAUUGUCCCAUUUGAUGGUUGUGUACAGGAGUAAUGAAGUCUGGGUUCUGGAUUUGGAGCAGUGGUCCUGGUCCAAACCACCUAUAUCAGGCCCAUCACCUCAUCCACGUGGAGGCCAAUCACAGGUAUGAACACUUAAACUGUUAAAUUGGAAAAGGUCGUCAAUUCCAUCUGACAUCCACAGAAGUGAUUGAACAUUUAUCUUAUUGAACAUUUUAUCACCUGAUCCAAAUAAGUGUGGUGCUCAAGAAAUUGUCGAUGAAGCCCUUUGGUAAAGUUUUUCCAUCUCUGACUCCUCUGCAACUUGAUGACUUUGAGCCAAAAAAACGUUUUUUAAUAAAAUAACGUCUUUUUAUUUCUCUCUAUUUUUGGACAGAUUGUGAUUGACGAUCAGACGCUGCUCAUCUUGGGAGGCUGUGGUGGCCCCAACGCAGUAAGUCCUAAUUAAAAAUAAUAAUAAUAUGACGCAGAGUUCUUUGUUGUUUUAUGUCCACCUGUACCUUUAAGCAAACAUUUUAUCUAGUUAGUAUCUUAUGUGACAAGGCUGGUAGUGUAAGUUACUCUGUUGUUUUCUAUGUUAAAGCUUCUAAAAGACGCCUGGCUCCUUCACAUGGAUGCCCCCCCAUGGAGGUGGCAGCAGCUGCAAGUUGAAAACGAGGACCAUGGAGCCCCUGAGCUGUGGUGUCACCCUGCCUGCAGAGUAAGUGUUUUUCUUAUUCUGCAUGUCUGUGAGUUUACUCAUAAAACUGGUGACUGAUGUCCUCUCUUUCUUGUGCCUAAGGUGGGACAGUGUGUGGUGGUUUUCUCCCAGGCUCCAUCAGGCCGUGCACCACUCAGCCCAAGUCUUAACUCUCGGCCCUCCCCCAUAAGUGCCACACCUGCCCCUCUGGGCCCUGAACCGCCUUCCCUGCGCUCCCAAUCUCCUGUUCGGAGUGGGGCUGCUGGUGUUGUCCUGGGAGCCGUCGAAGAGGCUCCGUGUGUGAAUGGUAGGUGGGGCACACUAAGACCCCGGCCCUCAGCCAGAGGAAGUGCCAGAGAUGGAAGCCCAUCUUCAUCUCAACAGCAGUCCCCUUCUCAAGGCCCUGACAGCCCUCCUCUUCCUCCUCUCCCCCCUUUACUAAAUGGAUCGUCCCCUUCACCAAGGACCAGUCCAGCCCAGGCUGCGUCUCCUCCCUCCCGCCCUCACCCACCCGCACCCACAGACUAUGGCUGGGAUUCCCCCCCCUCUGCUGCUCACCACCCUGAGGUUCCCAGUACUAAUGGCCUGCAUACUCCCCCUUCAGGCUCUCCUUGUACCCCCCCAGGCGGAGUGUCCCCAGCCGCCUUGCGACGAGGUCUGGAGGCUGUGAAAAACAAAUCUUCCCCUUCGUUACCAUCUUCUUCAUCGUCAGUAUCCCUUCAGACACAGGGCGCCUCUUCUGGAGGAGGAAGCAGUGGAGGAGGAGGAGGAGGAGCAGGUCCCCCUGUAACCCCCCCAUCAUCCUCCAGCCCUCCACAGGCUGCAGGAGCUGAUGGACAUGCUAUACCACCUAUUGCACGUCGUCUCGGCCAUCACCCGCCUCAGAGCCUGAACGUGGGGAAACCUCUGUACCAGUCUCUCAACUGCAAGCCCAUGCAGAUGUAUGUGCUGGAUGUGUCCCGGGCCAAAUCUGCCGGAGUGGUGUCCUGGAGAGUUUAUGGGAACGGCACCCCUGCUGCUGUCACAGGGCCGCCAGAAACCAGCCUUCACACGGUGGUACAGGGCCGAGGGGAGCUCAUCAUUUUUGGGGGCCUCAUGGACAAAAAACAGAAUGUUAAAUAUUACCCAAAAACCAACGCCUUGUACUUUGUACGCGCUAAGAGGUAAUGCAGCUCCAGGCAGGAUUGAGAAGACAAACGCUCCACCCUGUGACCUUACAGGGGAUAUGACACACAAGGCCUUUUUCCUAUACAAAGGAUUAUGGGAAAAGAACAUAAUCAAUGUUAGAUGUUUCACUUCAGAAAUUCACUAUUCUCCCUUCUGCCUACUGCAAGCUUUCAAAAUAAAACACAGAACUACACUUUGAUAACAACAUUCGGAUGAAUGGGAAUCCUGACUCUGUGAGUGUUGUGUGUGUGUGUGUGUGUGUGUGUGUGUGGGCCGGUAUGUUUGUGUGUGACUGCAGUUGCUGAAGAGAACAGGUUAAUUUGUUGUUCUUCCACAAAAAGGUGAUCAACCAAACAAGAGUUCUGUAUUUCUGUGUCGUCCCCCUCUGAACUUUUGAGAGAGAGGACCCCUUAAGAACAGACCCAGUGACAGGAUCAGUUGAAGACUACCUUGCUUUUUGUAUCACUCUUUAAGCCUGCAAUGUUUACAUUGAUACUAGUGUGAGUGUGUGUAUGUCAUGUGUGCACGGUGGUGGUGCAGAGCUGUUGACUCGUGUGUUGGGGGCCAAGUUGGGUGAGAGACGUGACACUGUACUAUAAACAUAGUUGAAAAAUAAAGGCCUCCAUGUCUCCUCUG